AUGUUGCUCAUCAAUUGGCUGUCGAAGUCCAUCGUGGCACAGGCUUUGACAUCUCUUAUGGAGACAAGCCGGGCAAUUCCAUUCAACGACUUUCACCAUCAAAGAACACAUCCCCGGCACAGACAUCCUCGAGAACUACAUACUCGGGACUUACACAAUCGAGACGAGAUAGUCGCCGCGAACUGUUCCAACCCUGACUCACGACGAGAAUGGCGCUCGUUAAGUACAACGGAACAAGAAGACUACAUCUCGGCCGUACAAUGUCUAGCCACGAAGCCGUCAAGGCUGAGCCUGACAACAACACUCUACGAUGACUUCCCAUACAUACACAACGAGUUGAACAACAAAAUCCACUUCGUAGCCUCCUUCCUCCCUUGGCACAGAUGGUUCGUCCACAUCUACGAGCAAGCCCCCCAGGACGACUGCGGCCUGACCUUCGCCAUGCCAUACUGGGACUGGAGCCUCGACGCCGGCCACCUGCAGGACUCACCCAUCCUCUCGGGCUCCCCGACCACAGGCUUCGGCGGCACAGGGCCAGGCGGCUUCGUCUCCCCCUCGCGCCCCAACCCGCUGACGUCGUGCGUGCCCGACGGCGCCUUCGCCAACCUGACCGUGGCGUACUACGCGGGGGCCUCGCGGCCGCACUGCCUGAACCGCGGCUUCGCGGACGGCGUCGUCGAAACCGAGCACCCGGAGCGCGCCGCCAACAUGUCGGCGUACUACUACACGCCGGCGUUCCUGGCCAACAUGACGGAAUCCAACGACGAGUUCGUGCCGUUCUGGCGCGCGCUCGAGGACGGGCCCCACGGCGCGAUCCACAACGUCAUCGGUGGUGAUAUGGUCCCGGGGACGUCGCCCAACGACCCGCUGUUCAUGAUGCACCACGCACAGGUCGACCGGCUGUGGUGGCUGUGGCAGGCGGAGGACUGGGCGGCGCGCGCAGUGGACUUUGGGGGUAACAGAGACCAGGUGGACGACCCCUCGGCGGCGGCGGCCGCGGAACAGGCUACACUGGGCGAUGAGCUGGCGUUCCUUGGCCUGGGGGCCGACGUGACUGUCAAGGAUGUCAUGACAACCGAGAGUAGCCUUUUGUGUUACGCGUACCAUUAG